AUGGCGCAGGCAGAAGAAAGCAGCCAGGAGGGUCCAGCAGCAGGGGCAUCUGAGUUUGAACAAGAGGAGACCCCAACUGCUGCUGCUGCUGCUGCUGCUGCUGCUGCUGGUGGUAGCGAGGGAGAGGAAGAAGAGGGGCCAGAGGAGACAGGCGGUAGCGCCGACGGUGGGAGUUCAGGUGUAUCUGCAGCUCUCGAUACAGCUGAGAAGACAAACACCUCAGGUGUAUAUGCAGAUAUAAACAACAGCCCGCGUGCAGAGACAGAGCAAGAGCGAGAAGGCUCACACACAGAAGAGGCCUCUCAUCGGCUUAGUAAGCUCAGCAGCAGCAGCAGCAGGAACAGCAGCAGCAACAAUGCUGCAGCAGAUAACAACAGCAGCAACAGGAAUACUCCUAGAGAGGGGGGAGGAAGCCAAGGAGAAGAGGGAAUGGGCGGUGACGCCUCUGUUGCUGCAGCAGAAGAGGAUGCAGAAGCAGCAGCAGCAGCAGCAGCAGCAGCAGCAGCAGCAGCAGGAGCAGAUUCAGCAGAAGCUGAAGACUCAGCAGCAGCAUAUGCCUCUGCAGCAGCAGCAGCAGAAGCAGCAGCAGCAGGAGAGACAGAGGCUGCUACCCCUGUCCCCCAGGCGUCAAUCGAUGCAGACAGCAGAGACGCUGCAGCAGCAGCUCAAGACAAACCUGAGGAAGGUGCGGAGACACCUGAAGAGCUGCAUGCAGGCGGCAGCUCUCUCCGGCGCGGUGAAGGGUCUGAGCAGCAGCAGCAGGGCAGCAGCGCAGCACUGGGGCCCCUAGACGACGCAGCAGAGGGAGAUGUCAGUGAGGCAGGAGAUGCUGAUGCAGCAGCUGCAGCAGCAGCAGCAGCAGAAGAGCAGCAGCAGCAGCAAGACAGCAGAGAAGCAACGGGACCCUUUGACGACGCUGCAGAUGCAGCAGCAGCAGCUGAAGGAGGAAGUGCCGUCAUCUUAGAAAUGGGAGGCAUUGAUGCAGCAGCAGCAGAAGCAGAUGAAAGGGGAAGUGCAGUUGUCUUAGAUAUUGUAGACGAUGCUGCAGCAGCAGCAGCAGCAGCAAGAAGUGGGUCUGCUGCUUCGCAUGCAUCAGCUGAAGGCCUCCGCCGGCGCAGCCAGCGGUCUUCGGGCUCUGCUGUGCUUGAGCAGGACCUCGAGGGUGGUGGGGCUGCUGCUGCUGCUGCUGCUGCUGCUGGUGGUUCUGCUGCUUCUGCUGCUGGUUCUGCUGCUGGUUCUGCUGCUGCUGCUGCUGCUGCGGGAGUAGAGGGAGAUGUCAAUGAGGCAGGAGAUGCUGAUGCAGCAGCUGCAGCAGCAGCAGCAGAAGAAGAAGAAGAGCAGCAGCAGCAGCAAGACAGCAAAGAAGCAACGGGACCCUUUGACGACGCUGCAGAUGCAGGUGGCAGCGACGCAGGAUACUCAAAUGCAGCAGCAGCAGAUGCUGCAGCAGAAGAAGCAGAAGCAGAAGAAGAAGCAGCAGCAGCAGCAGCAGCAGCAGCUGAAGGAGGAAGUGCCGUCAUCUUAGAAAUGGGAGGCAUUGAUGCAGCAGCAGCAGAAGCAGAUGAAAGGGGAAGUGCAGUUGUCUUAGAUAUUGUAGACGAUGCAGCAGCAGCAGCAGCAGCAGCAGCAGCAGCAAGAAGUGGGUCUGCUGCUUCGCAUGCAUCAGCUGAAGGCCUCCGCCGGCGCAGCCAGCGGUCUUCGGGCUCUGCGGUGCUUGAGCAAGACCUCGAGGGUGGUGGAGCUGCUGCUGCUGCUGCUGGUGCUGGUGGUGGUUCUGCUGCUUCUGCUGCUGGUUCUGCUGCUGGUUCUGCUGCUGCUGCUGCUGCUGCGGGAGCAGCAAGUAAGAGCAGCAGCACAGUCAGGGAGAAGAAAGAAGGCAGCGACAGCCUCACGUCGUGGCGCUCUCUCACCGAGAGCUCAGACGCCCCGCAGGAGCUGACAGACGAAGCACUAGAAGAUAAAAGGAGAGACAAAAAGCUGCUGCUGUGGCUGGGUUCGUUUGCGUUGCUGGUGGCUGUUGCCUUCGCCUGUCUCACCACCUUUGCAUGCAUCGCAGGCAAAAGCCCCAAAGAGCCAGCAGCAGCAGAAGCUGCGCUGUGUGAAGUGGGGGACUGGAGCGAGUGGAGUGUCUGCCCAGUUGCAUGCGGCGAGGGGCAGCAAUCCAGACGCAGACAAAUCACCGCGCUGGAUCUGAGUCUAUGGAGGAUAACUGUCUCCGCUCUGGGCUCCGACUCGGCCAGCGGCAAGAAAUACUGGCGGCUGCAAUUUCUUGUUUUGGUUGACACCAGCAUCGACGGCGCAGAUGCAGAUGUAGGCAGAGACCCCCAACGCCUGCUUAACUCGCUGGCGGAAAGCUUGAGGGACCCCUUGACGUCAGCAUACAGAACCCUCAACGAUAUCUUCCCGGGGCUGCAAACAGAAACUCCUUUCCGGCUUCAGGCUUACAGAGCAACGCGUGCCGCCCUGUGUGCUGCAGCGGAAACGCUGACGCUGCCUGUGGACAUGUGUGAGCUUUUGGGUACUGAAGCGCCCGAUACCUGUGGCUGCAAGGUCUCUGACUGGACGGAGUGGACUGUCUGCGACAGCAGCUGCACUUCUCUCAGAUCCAAGCGGACGCGCACUAUACUGAACGAGGAUGAGAUCAAGGGGCCCUCGGCCUGUCCCCCGCUCGAAGAAGAGAAGGCCUGCACGGGGCAGUCAAGGAUAUACUCCUUCAGCCUCCCCGCAGGCAUCAACCUCGGCAGCCAGUCAGAGACAGACAGCCGGCUGCACGUCUGCAGCGCUGCAGUCCUCACCGCGAUGCAAGAUGUGAGUCUUUGGCCCCCUGAGCUGUUUGCAGCAGCAGCAGCAACAGCAGCAGCAGCAGCAGCAGCAGCAACAGCAGCAGCAGCAGUUGGUAAUCAAGGUGUCACAUCCACUGGGUCCUCAGGCACGAGGCGCUGA